AUGCCCAAAUCAUUGUGUUCAAAGUAUAGAUUAAUAGAAUUUGAAUACAACUUGGUUAGCAAAGAUGCUACUAGUUGUGUCCCUUUCAGAACUUUGGCUUUUGGUAAAAAUAAAGAAGGUGUAAGAAUUGAACAAUCUUGCAACGGCCUUCUUCUAUGCAGUAGCAAGACGCUGUCGACUUGGUGUCGUGUGUACUACGUUUACAAUCCAUACACAGAACAGUAUAAACUGAUACCUCGCAGACGUGGUUUUUGUGUGCUUGCUUCAGUUAGUUUAGCUUUCGAUCCAUCGAAAUCACCUUAUUACAAAGUUAUAAGUUUACGGCAAAGGCAACUUGGCCGACGAAUUGAAAUUUACCCUUCCCAGACUUCUUCUUUGAAAAAUUGUGGAGAAGAAUUUCAAGUACAGGGUCGUGUGUCAUCUAGCCCCGGUGUCUACUGGAAUGGUUCUCUGAACUGGAUGGCCGAUCGGGGGAUUUUAGCCUAUUUUGAUAUAGACGAAGAAGUAAUCAAGCAUCUUACAGUAAUGCCAUAUGUAAUUGAUGGAGAAAGAAAAAGAGUAUGUUACUUUGAUGCUUGCAGGGGUCACCUGCAAUUAAUUGUACAAGAUAACACAGGUGUAGGUAGCCGUUUCGAUGUCCUGGAGGUGGAGAAUGCGCACACAGGGUGGAAUCUAAAAUAUCGUAUUGAUUUGGAAUCGAGAUUAAAAGUCUCAUACCCUGAGCUGGUUGGAGACGGCCUUAAAUGUAAAGUAAUGCUUUACGAUGAAGUAGACACAGAAGGGGAAGGUUCUGCAAAGUUGUUGUUGAUACAAAGCCCCAUAGGACAUGGGGUUAUCUCCUACGAUAUAAACAACAUGCAGUUCAAAAGAAUCCAUAAUUUGGAACAACCAUGCAUUCUCCGGGAGGAGUGUGGGAUGGUAUAUGUCCGUGUUCAUCAAUACAUGGGGUCACUUGCUCGUGUCUGA